GAAGUGGUGCAUCUUAUUAUUGUGAGACGACAGAGGAAAUGACGUUUGUGUAUCAAAGUCCAAACUGCAGUUGAAUGAGUGGAUCAACAUGGAGCAACAGAAGAAGACUCUGUGUGUGGGCCUGGUUUGUCUGGACAUCAUCAACGUGGUCGACAAAUACCCCGAAGAAGACACAGACAGCAGGUGUUUGUCACAGCGUUGGCAGCGAGGAGGAAACGCUUCAAACUCCUGCACAGUGCUGUCACUUCUUGGAGCUCCCUGCGCCUUCAUGGGCUCACUGUCUGCUGGACCUGUGGCCAAUUUUAUUUUGGAAGAUUUUCAGAAGUUCCACAUCGACGUGUCUCUGGUGUCUGAGCACGCUCAGUGUGUCCUUCCAGCCUCUGUGGUCAUCAGCAACACCAGCACGGGAAGCCGAACCAUCCUCCACAUGAACAGGAACCUUCCUGAUGUCACAGCGGAGGAUUUUUCUAAAGUCGACCUCCAUCAGUUCAAGUGGAUCCACUGGGAGGGCCGAAAUGCUGAGGAGCAGGUGAAGAUGAUCCAGCAGGUAGUCAUGUAUAACAGCACGUUACCACAGCAACAGAAAAUCACCGUGUCUGUGGAGAUAGAGAAGACCAGAGAGCCGCUUUAUCAGCUGUUUCCUCACGGCGACGUGGUGUUUGUCAGUAAAGAUGUCGCCCGUCACUUCGGCUUCCAGUCAGCUGAAGCUGCUCUGAGAGGACUCUACAGCCGGGUCAAACAGGGGGCUGUCCUGGUCUGUGCCUGGGCAGAAAAGGGAGCGGAUGCUUUGGGUCCUGAUGGUGUCAUCGUUCAUUCAGAUGCUUUUCCUCCUGAAUCUUUGGUCGAUACUCUCGGGGCCGGAGACACUUUCAACGCCGCCGUCAUCUACACACUGUCCAAUGGCGGAAGUUUGCAGGACGCCCUGGCCUUCGGCUGCAAAGUUGCUGGCAGGAAGUGCGGUUUCCAUGGUUACGAUGACAUCGGCAAAUAUUUCACCAAGUGACCAGAGAGUUAAAACCUGGUUUGUUUCAGCUCCAAACUGUGACAGACUCAGACUACUGUUGUUCCAGUCCGAUUGGUGAUUUGUUUCAGCACUCAGAUUAUAUUAAUAUAUAAAUAAUUAUUUUAAAAAGAUUGAAAUAAUUAUCAGUUUGAGAAGUUAAGCUUAACAAAAAAACUGUGACAAAUCUGUUUAUCACAUACUUUCAUCACGUGAAAGUUGUUUACAAGUGUGAGCUGAUUAUAAACUGAUAAUUAGCUGAUAGUUACCUGAGUUAACUACUUCCAGUUAGCUUAGUUUACUAAUAGCAAUUGAUCAUUAACUGAUAUAUUAACUGAUAUUACUUGAUAAUUAACUAUUAACAAGCUGCUAAUUUAAUGUUGACUGAUUGACUUUUACUUUGUGAUGCAGUGAGUUUGAAUGAAGGCAAAUGAUUUUGCUGCUGUAUUUUUUAUUCUUUUUUUUUACCAUAUUAGAAUAAAAUCUGCCAAAUUGAUCAAUAAAUGACGUGAAGUGAAA